CCCUGAUGCCCACUAGAAGGCGCUGACGGAUUAUUAUUUCUCUGGUCCACAUUCCGAAGCAAUAGGUGGCGGUAAUGCACCUGGAAACCUGGUUUUCAACCUAAAAAAGAGGAAGAAAAGCAGCAGACUCAACCAUAGACAUAUAACAAAUAUCGCUCUCUGCUGCUCAACCAAAAUAGACUGGUCGAGGGUUGAGCAGCUGACAUCAACCAGAAAUGGCUGCCACCGGAGUCCUUCCCUUCAUAAGGGGGGUAGACCUCAGUGGAAACGACUUUAAAGGUGGGUACUUCCCAGAGCACGUCAAGUGUAUGAGCAGUCUGCGAUGGCUGAAACUGAACAGGACAGGACUGUGUUACCUCCCAGAGGAGCUGGCCUCUCUGCAGAAGCUGGAGCAUCUUUCAGUGAGUCACAACAGCCUGACCACCUUACAUGGAGAACUGUCCAGCUUACCGAACUUACGGGCAGUGGUAGCCAGAGCCAACAACCUGAAAAACUCUGGAGUCCCGGAUGACAUCUUUCAGCUAGAUGACCUCUCUGUGCUGGACCUGAGCUACAAUCAGCUGACAGAGAUCCCCAGGGACCUGGAGAACAGCAGGAACAUGCUGGUGCUGAAUCUAAGCCACAACAGUAUCGACUCCAUCCCUAACCAGCUGUUCAUCAACCUGACAGACCUGCUGUAUCUGGACCUGAGCGACAACAAGCUGGACAGCCUGCCACCCCAGAUGAGACGCCUAGUUCACCUGCAAACACUCACACUGAACAACAAUCCAUUGAUGCAUGCUCAAUUGCGCCAGCUGCCAGCCAUGGUGGCAUUACAGACUCUCCACCUGAGGAACACCCAGAGGACCCAGAGCAACAUGCCCACCAGCCUGGAGGGACUAACGCAUUUAGCAGAUGUUGACCUGUCAUGCAACGACCUGACUCGGGUACCAGAGUGCCUCUAUUCACUGGGCAGUUUGAAGAGACUCAACCUAAGCAGUAAUCAGAUCUCAGAACUGUCCCUCUGCAUCGACCAGUGGACUCAGCUGGAGACACUUAACCUGAGCCGCAACCAGCUCACCUCACUGCCUUCUGCAAUCUGUAAGCUGUCCAAACUGAAGAAGCUGUACGUAAACUCUAACAAACUGGACUUUGAUGGGGUCCCACCAGGAGUUGGCAAACUGUCCAGCCUCACUGAGUUCAUGGCCGCCAACAACAACUUGGAACUUAUCCCAGAGGGACUCUGCAGGUGUGGGAAGCUGAAGAAGCUGGUGCUGAAUAAAAACCGCCUGGUAACACUGCCUGAGGCCAUCCACUUCUUGACUGAUUUAGAGAUUCUGGAUGUGCGUGAGAACCCUAACCUGGUGAUGCCUCCUAAACCAGUCGACAGAGCAGCAGAGUGGUACAACAUUGACUUCUCCCUCCAGAACCAGCUCCGGCUGGCCGGGGCCUCACCUGCUACUGUAGCUGCUGCCGGAGGAGGAGCCAGCCCCCGAGAUCCACUGGCGAGAAAGAUGAGGCUAAGGAGGAGGAAGGACUGUUCUCAGGACGAUCAGGCGAAGCAGGUGCUGAAGGGCAUGAGUGACGUCGCGCAGGAGAAGAAGAACUUGGAGGAGAAUGGAGAUUUGAAAUAUGCUGAUUUAAAGAUCAGGCGCUGGGACAAGAGUCUAGAGAAACCUCAGCUGGACUACUCCGAGUUCUUUAUGGAGGACGUGGGGCAGGUUCCAGGUGUAACGGUGUGGCAGAUAGAGAACUUUAUUCCUGUCCAAGUGGAUGAAACUUUCCAUGGCAAAUUCUAUGAGGCUGAUAGCUACAUAAUUCUCAAGACCUUCCUGGACGACAAUGGCGCAUUGAACUGGGAGAUCUUCUACUGGAUUGGCCAAGAGGCCACUCUGGACAAGAAGGCUGGCUCUGCCAUCCACGCCGUCAACCUCAGAAAUUUCCUUGGAGCGGAGUGCAGGACGAUACGGGAAGAGAUGGGAGAUGAGAGCGAGGAGUUCAGUGCCGUGUUUAACAAUGAGAUCUCCUACAUUGAGGGAGGAACAGCCAGUGGAUUCUACACUGUGGAGGACUCUAACUAUUCUGUCAGGUUGUACAGAGUUUACGGCAAGAAAAACAUCAGAUUGGAGUCUGUACCUGUGAAGGCCUCCUCCCUCGACCCUCGCUAUGUCUUCCUGUUGGACACAGGGCUGGAAAUCUUUGUCUGGAGAGGAGCCAACGCUACCCUCAGCGGCACCACAAAGGCCAGGUUGUUUGCUGAAAAGAUAAAUAAGAAUGAACGUAAGAGCAAGGCGGAGAUCACAACUCUCAUGCAGAACCAGGAGCCUCCGGGUUUCUGGGAGGUACUGGGAGGACAACCAGAGGAGAUCAAGAAACACGUACCAGAUGACUUCUCUCCUGUCAGACCUAAACUCUACAAGGUGGGCUUGGGUCUGGGCUACCUGGAGCUGCCACAGAUUAACUACAAGCUGUCAGUCGAGCACAAAGAUCCCAAGAUCAAACUGGACACUCUGCCAGAGAUGAGACUGGUGCAGUCGCUGCUAGACACAAAGUGCGUGUACAUCCUGGACUGCUGGUCUGAUGUGUUUAUCUGGAUCGGGAGGAAGUCUCCACGUCUCGUCAGAGCUGCUGCCUUAAAACUGGGUCAGGAGAUCUGCUCCAUGCUGCACCGGCCCAAACAUGCCUGCGUCACCCGCAACCUGGAGGGCACCGAGUGCCAGGUCUUUAAAUCCAAGUUUAAGAACUGGGAUGAUGUGUUGAAGGUAGACUACACCAGAGCAGCUGAGACUGUACAACAGAAGGACAACCUACAGGGCAAGGUGAAGAAAGACGCGGAGAAGAAAGACCAGAUGAAAGCUGACCUCACAGCUCUCUUCCUUCCCAGGCAGCCAGCCAUGCCCCUGACGGAGGCUGAACAACUCACGGAGGAGUGGAACGAGGACCUGGACGGCAUGGAAGGAUUUGUGUUGGAGGGAAAGAAGUUUGCCCGCCUGCCUGAGGAGGAGUUCGGACACUUCCACACGCAGGACUGCUACGUCUUCCUCUGCAGAUACUGGGUGCCUGUGGAAUACGAAGACGAGGAGAAAGAGAAGAAGGAAGGCGGCGGCGGUGGUGAAGGAGGAAAAGCAGGAAAAGCAGAGGAUGAGGAGGACAAACAGCCCGAGGAGGACUUCCAGUGUGUAGUGUACUUCUGGCAGGGCAGGCAGGCCUCCAACAUGGGCUGGCUCACUUUCACCUUCUCCCUGCAGAAGAAGUUUGAGAGUCUUUUCCCUGGAAAACUGAAGGUGGUGCGUAUGACCCAGCAGCAGGAGAACCUCAAGUUCCUGUCCCACUUCAAGAGGAAGUUCAUCAUCCACAAAGGGAAGAGGAAACAGAAGACUGACGCGGCUCAGCCCUCCCUCUACCACAUACGCACCAAUGGCAGCGCACUUUGCACCAGGACUAUCCAGAUUGGAACAGAUUCCAGCAAUCUUAACUCGGAGUUUUGCUUCAUCCUCAAGGUACCAUUUGAGAGCACAGACAAUCAGGGCAUUGUUUACACCUGGGUGGGCCGAGCUGCCGACCCUGAUGAAGCCAAACUGGCUGAGGACAUUAUGAACUGCAUGUUCGAUGACACGUACAGCAAACAGGUCAUUAAUGAGGGGGAGGAGCCUGAGAACUUCUUCUGGGUUGGGAUUGGGUCUCAGAAGCAGUACGAUGAAGAUGCAGAUUAUAUGAAACACGCUCGGCUCUUCAGGUGUUCGAAUGAGAAGGGUUAUUUCUCUGUGUCGGAGAAGUGCUCGGACUUCUGUCAGGACGACUUGGCCGAUGACGACAUCAUGUUGCUGGACAACGGCAAAGAGGUGUACAUGUGGGUCGGCACUCAGACCAGCCAGGUGGAGAUCAAACUCAGUCUCAAAGCCUGCCAGGUUUACAUCCAGCACAUGCGCUCUAAGGAUGCUGAACACCCCCGGAAGCUGCGACUGGUGCGGAAGGGAAACGAGCCCCACUGCUUCACGCGCUGCUUCCACGCCUGGGGAGCUUUCAAAACUACUCUCGCAUAGACCAACACGCACAUACACGCUCACAAAUACAUGCGAUGCAUUCGCUGCCAUGUAAUUUUCUACCAGUAAGAUGAUUAUGAUGAUGUCUAUGCCUAACACAGCUUUACCUGAGCUCCCCCCCCUCGCUCCAAUCCCUUCGCUCCAUCCUGCUCGGCGCUGCUGCCCAACAGCCUCCUGAUCAGCCUGUUUCUGUCAGUCAGCCUACAGAAACGGAACGAAUCUGGACAGAUUUGAGUUUAGCACAACAUCUCAAUCAGUGAACGCUCUUCUGGUCAUGAAGCUGUUGGUUUUUUCCUGUCUAUGGGACAAACCGCAAAAUAUCACUUUUUUUCUACAAGCUUUUUUUAGCAGCCAGUCUGAAUACUAUUGUUAAAUGAAAGAAGAGAAUUAUGUUUUGAGAUAAAAAUAAAAAUAGUUCUACGGUGUACAGAGGCUUUAUAAAAACCCAAAGGGAGGUCAAUCCCUUAACAUAUCGAUCUGUUUUGCUGCUUUCACGUGGCUUGUGCUGCAUGGUUAGUAGUUUUCAAUGGAGGAUGGUGAAGUGCUCGUUACUACAGGAGGCACUCCUCUGCGGUUAGUGCCAUUUUGCGCAGCUCAUUUGGAGCAGUUUAAGGCAGAUAAAAGUUAGAUUUUACAGUUUGUAAUUUUUUUUUUUUUUUUCAUUAUUGAGGGAUUGAGCAGAAAAUGGCACUAUAAUUGUUUUUCUGAGGAAUGUCGGUUUAUACGUAUAUUUUUCUGUUUGUGCAGAUUAUACAUGGUAUGUUUGUGUGUGCCCCAUACGCCUUCAUUGACACGGGGACUGGCCCUUUCCCACGGUCAGUCUGCUCGCUGUUCUCACCUCCUGUAACUUGUCCACCGAUCGGAAUGCAAAGCGAAACCUUUUUGUAAGUGAUCUGUUUCAAUCUACUAAAUAUGACUUUCAUGUAAAGAUGCUUUGGACAGGAAUUUGCUUCGCCAUAUGAAAGUUUCAACAGUUAAAUCUAUUUGGCCAAAGAAAUGUUGAGCGGAGGUCCGGACUAAGUUCGGGACUGUGAGACAGAGACUUGUUUUAUGUUUAAGGACAGAGGUUUUAAAUGUGCAAUCAGUAGAGCCCGGCAGAUACUGAAAUGAAAUAAUACUGUAAUUCUUCUACGUUACAGACCGCAUUCAACUAGUCAAAAUGUUUAUUUUCUUCCUUUUCUGGAGUAGAGUUUCUUUCCAAAAUUUAGUGUCAUCUUUGAAAAAGUAAAUGCAUGAUGUUUAAAAUUCAGUACAGUUUAGACAUUUUAAAGUGGUUUUUCUUUUUCAAAUGUUUCUCUCUUGGAACAAAACUCUUCAUUUGCAGACUUUAGUGGGAGAUCUUUUGCGCCGUAUGAGAGAUGUAUCUUACAAUAAAUGUAGUAGCCGAGCUGGUUCCACUGAUCUCAGUUUGUUUGUAUGGUUAACAGAUGAGUUACGAUCAGUUAACCAGUUCCUGAUCAGUGCCUCCAGGGUCAAUGUUUUACAGAACUGCUGCAGUGCUUCUUGUGAUCACGUGACUUUAGUAAUAUGCAGGCAUUGAUCCAAGAAAGAUAUCUCUGUAUUCUCAAAUGGCUGCAACUAUCAUUUUGUUUCUUUACACCAUAUUUUGUGGGGUGAACUGUAUGCCUGGUAGUGUGUUUGAGUCCUACACGCAUAUGUAUGUGGGUAUAUGAAUAUGUGCACAUGCUCCUGAAGCCACCUGCAGAUGCUUUAUUUAUGUAUUUUAUAUAAAAAUAAAAUCACACAUCACAUUA